AUGGCGGACGUGGCGGGGGAGACUUGGGAAGGAGGCACGGCGGAGGCGAGGAAGGACAAACAGAGAAAAAAGAAAAAAAGGAGACACGAUACCUUCUGGGACUCCAUCGGCAGACCUCGAUUUGUCAUGGCGCCAAUGGUGGAUGCCAGCGAACUUGCAUUCAGACUCCUGGGAAGACGCUACGGUGUAGACCUUGCGUACACUCCAAUGAUGCACAGCCGGCUCUUCGUCGACGACCCGAAAUAUCGCGCUGUUCACUGGCAGACGCUUCGCUCCUCGAGUGCGGCGACUCGGCAGGCCUGCUCCGAGGACGAACAAGAAGAAGAGAAAGAAGAGUCUGAAUGCGCGAGGCCACCCUUCGUUGACGGCACAGGAAGAGAGACUGACGAGCCAGUCUUUGUUCAGUUUUGUGCCGUCCUCGACGAGGCGGGUUCUCUCUCCGUGGUCCUAGGCCUUCCGUUUAGCAGGGAAAAAUUCCGCUCUCUCACGCUCCUCGGCCUCGCGCCUGUCCGCGUGCAUGCAGGAGACUCCCCAGAGACGCUCUUGGCCGCUGCCCAGCUGGUGGAAGACGAAGUCGACGCCGUUGAUCUAAACUUUGGGUGCCCACAGGGCAUUGCACGCCGCGGCCACUACGGCGCCUUUCUUCUCCACGAGUCAGAACUUCUCAUUGACAUCGUCUCGACGCUCCACAAACAUCUGAGGACUCCCGUCACGUGCAAAAUGCGAAAAGUGUCCCCGCGGCCGACAGCUGCACUGCCGCGCUCGACGACGGCUCUGGUCCUCGACGAAGAACGAAGAUUGCAAGACACGCUGAGACUCUGUGACGCUUUCGAGGCCGCCGGCUGCGCCUGUCUCUGCAUCCACGGCAGAACAAAGGAGGAGAAAGCCUCGCUGGUGGGACCGUGUGACUGGCUCGCCAUACGCCACGCCAAAGAGCGUCUGUCGAUUCCAGUAAUCGCCAAUGGAGGCGUCGAGACAUACGAGGAUGCUCUGCGGUGCCUCGAGUUCACCGGGGCGGACGCUGUGAUGUCUGCUGAAGGCCUGCUGGACAAUCCGCUGCUCUUCGCUCCUUCGCGCUUUGCGGCGCCUUCCGUCUAUGCGUUGUUGUCGCCUUCGCUCUUCGCUCUCUCCCCGCUCCUGUCGUCCUCCUGGCGAGACCACCUGAGAAGGAGGCUGUCUCUGCCGGCUCGCCGGCAUCUCCACCUUCCCCACAGUCUCGUUCCGGUGGGGUUUUCGCCAAGCCUUCUCCACAGGUGUCUCGUGAUGCAGGAAUAUUUAGAUCUCUGCAUGCGCUACCCGCCGCCGCACUCGAGCUUCAUCAAGUCGCACCUUUUUCGAUGUCUGCAUCCGGUGUUGGUGGACCACGAGGAAUUGCGGAAUUCUCUCGGCAAGGCGUGCGACUUCGACGAGUUCAGCUCCAUCGUGAAUGCGGCGACCGAGCAGGCGAGGCAAACGGCCUACUCUUGUUCGGCGCCCACGCCGGCUGCCAACGAAGGCGCAAGUCGAGAGACAGACCGGAGAUGCGGAGAAGCGGAGACAGGCGACACUGAAAACAGAAGCAGACAGAAGGCGACGUGGUAUCGGCGACACAGGACAAACCUCGCAAGAGCGCUGAAGAGGGAACAGGAGGCGAAAGAGGUGCUCAUUUGGGGCCCCAGCGAAGAUGAUGCAGGUGGAGAUGUCUUCUCCAGUCUUUUCCUCGAUUAA